CCCACGCGCCCACGCAGAGAGAAAGCGAUGGAGGGCCCACCUUAUCGUUUGCUGUUGUCUUCCUCCCCGCAUAUCGGCGCCCUCCUCCACCGUGGCUACUGCUCGCACGUGGGGGCGCGGUGGCUAUGGCUCGCAGGCGCGUUGGACCGCCGAGGAGAGCCAGGCCAUGGCUUCCGCCUCGGCCGCGGGACCAGGCUAAGACGCGGGCGCGGGCGCGCCGCCGUUGUUGCUGCAGCGCCAGGGCUCGCUCACCCUGCCCCGCACCCUCAGCGCCAAGACCGUCGACGAGGUAUGGCGCAACCUCGUGGGCGACGACCCGGUCACGGGGGUGGUGGCGGACGGUGCCGAGCCGCAGCCCCAUCGGCAGGCCACGCUCGGGGAGAUGACCCUGGAGGAGUUCUUGGUCAAAGCCAGCGUGCUACGAGAGAUCCCCACCGCUCCGGCUCCUCUACCGCCCCCGCCCCGUCCUCUACCGUCCUCUACCGUCCUCAUCCCCACCGCAACUUGCUACAGCUGCAGAUCGAUCGGAGGCGCGGCUCAGCGCUUAGAAGGAGGCGCGGAGGAGAAUUUGGACGGAGGUGGCGCCGGGAUGCGGUGCUGCCGGCAGCGCGGAGAUGCGGGUUCCAACCCUGCUAGCACCGCCGCAUCAGGUGGCACCUGCAUCACGCGAAGCAGCCUGAAGGCACUUGGCCACUGCAAUUAUUUUGUUCACCUCAAGAUGCAACCGCCUGUGUGGGAUUCAUUUGUUUGAUUCUUGGUUUUUGGUGGUGAUGCCUGUUCCAGUUCGUAACUGUGGCCCGGAUUGCGAUCCAGAGAAUUGGAACUCUGGACUUUUUCUCAGCACAGAUCGGCAGGUGAUCCCUAGCUCAGGCAUCUCGGAACUCUGGAUGUUAAUUACAUUGAUAUUAAGGAGAGCUGAAGAUUUUCCAGUUUCAAA